GAAGAACACCCGGACGGUCUGUAUCUCUUUAGCUAAAGGCUUUUCAUUGUCAUAAUAUUAUGGGGCUCACCGAGCAGGAAUGGCAGAAGGUCAUGGACAUCUGGGACAAAGUGGAACCGGAUCUCUCUUUGCAUGGUCAGGAAGUCAUCAUCAGGAUGUUCCAGAACCACCCUGAGACUCAAGAGCGUUUUGUCAAAUUCAAAAAUUUCAAGACUCUGGAGGAGAUGAAGAACUCAGAAGAACUCAAGAAACAUGGAACCACUGUCCUCAGUGCUUUGGGUAAAAUCCUGAAACAGAAAGGGUCCCAUGAAGCUGAACUGGCACCACUGGCACAGACUCAUGCCAACAAGCAUAAGAUUCCAGUCAAAUAUUUAGAAUUCAUUUCUGAAGUCAUCAUUGGUGUCAUUGCUGAAAAACAUUCUGCAGAUUUUGGGGCUGAUUGUCAAGAGGCAAUGAGAAAAGCCUUGGAGCUGUUCCGGAAUGAUAUGGCCAGCAAAUAUAAGGAACUUGGGUUCCAGGGCUAGUAAGGAAAGAAGAUGUCUCCACUGAGAAGACUUAGUGUGCCUAGGUGUGUUUAGGAGAAUAUUUUCAUGUCAUCACAAGAAAAUAGCUUGAAUAAAUAGAAUUUUGUUAAUGCUACACUUGAAGAUGGCAAGGUAUAUUGUUCAAAAUCUCUAAUGUCUACUAAGGCCAUUUUGGCUGAGACUUAAAGGAAUAAAACCAAUACAUUUGUAGGAUAUCUAAUGAGGUCAAGAAGGAAGUUUAAAGGCUUUAAAGGGCUAGAAAGGUGUGGGUGAUAGGACUGGAUAUGUAAUCAUUACACCACUUUUUAGUUCAGUGGGAUGUUCCACAAAAUCACUACCUAUAGCCAGACAAAUAGGGAAGGAGAAUUGGGGAGCGGAUACCAUUCUGUGUUCCUGAGAUCGUAAAUGAGAUCUCCCUUGGUGUUCUAUAUGUAAUUAAUGGGAUUAAAAUUGCAUUAAAUUUAGAGUUGCCCAUUUUUGUAUAGGUAUGAUUCUGAUACUACUCAACGGUGAAGCACAUCCCUUUGCCUAAAACAAUUCUAUGCUACUGCUGCAACUUUAAGUGUGAUGGAAAACUUGCCAACUCCAUGUGUGGCUUGGGUUAUCAACUGAGAUUCCUUUUGAUCUUCCGCACUUAAUAAAAUAUUAAUUAUGUAUAAUAAAAACAGUUGCAUGUACUCUUUACAUAUUGUCUAGUUCACAACUGGCUCUAUGAUGAUAUAUUAGUAUUCAGAAACAGGAAAAGUGAAAAUGUUAUUCAGGAAAGUGAAUGAAGAUAAGUUCCUGACUGGGAUAAACAAUAGUAUAACUUGCUAUUUAAAUUGACUUGAAUGGAAAGUCCUACCUGAUUAUUGCUCUGUAUAUUGUACAAGAUUUUCCUUUCACCUGUACAAGCAAAGUGUGGGGGGAGGCAUAUCAGUAUUUCUACUGGCUAGGGUCAAAGUAAAACUACAAGUAAUUUUGUAAAAUCAAAAGCUAGGAAAUCCAUAAAUCAAUGACUUUCAAAUUGUGGUUUAUGGAGUCUAUGGAGGUGACCAUCUCAACCUUCCCAUGUUCAUGGAUCCAAUCCAAUUAAUUGCUUCAGCUUGUUUUCUUUAAACCCCAAGAGAUAAUAGGUGGGAAUCCAUUUUCUUCCUUGGCCCUAACUUUGUGAGCUAAGAGUUAAAUGGUUUAUAAGAAUGGAUUAUUACUGAAAAGUAGCUCAUUCAACCAUACAAGUAUCCAAAAGUAUGAGGCUAAAGUUUUGGACUAGGAGUAGGAUGGUCUAGUCCUUCAUGAGCUGUAGAAACUCUCACAAGGUUGCUGUUGUGAGGGCAAAUAGGAGGAGGGAGCAGUAUGAAUACCACUUUGAACACCUGUAGAAAAAUGUGUGUACGUGUGCUGGGGGGGUAUAAAUCUAACAAAUUUAAGCUCAAAAAUUCAGAAACUGACAAGAAUGAAGAGAUCCCAACUAUUUCUACUGACUAUUGACAAGCAACUUCUGUUUCAAAAAUGCAAACAAGAAAUAAUAUGA